GCCGCCAAAACAGAAACAGCGCAGAGUGAAAUCAUGGUGUCAGACAAGGAGACAGCAAACAUCCGCAGGUUUGUGUGCGGUCAACUCCGCGACGAGCCAGACCUCAGCACACUGACCUUAGGAAUUUUAAAAAAGCGUUACCUGGCACAUGUAGGAUGUGACUCGCUAAGUCAAGAUGCAAGAAAUUUCAUGAAAGAGGUGGUUAAAGAGGAGCUCAUGAAAAUGCAGGAUGAUGACAGCAGUGGAAGUGAGUUGGAGACCAAGAAAACCCAGAAAAAAAGGAAGAGAGAAAAAGAAACCGAUGAAGAGAUAAGUGAGAAAGAAGAUGAAUCCAGGACUAAGAAAACCCGAGUCAAUCAUUCAAGCUCAUCAUCAGAAUCGGAGGAGAAAGAGGAACACAAAACAGGAAGUGAACAAAGCAGUGAUGAAGAACAAAGUCAGUCUGACGAUGCAGAGCAAGAGGUGGAGAAAUCACAGCCACAUACAAAUGGAAAAGGGAGACGACAGAUAAACAGUGACGACUCCUCAGGUGAAGAAGACACCAAGUCAAGAACAAAAGGGAAUGAGAGUACCUGUGGCGACAGCCCAAAGGAAAUGGAGAAAACGAAAGAAAACGCUACAAAGAAUGGAGUGAAGAAAAACAGCAAUACAAGUGAAGGAAAGAAAACGCCACAGAGUGAUAAAGAGAAUGACAUUGACUCGGACAGCAAGUCAGAAAGAAGUGACAAAAUCAGUGAUAAUGAGUCCUCUGAUGACAGUGAAAAAGAAGAAAAAGUAUCAGUAGGAAAGAAGAACGACGGCACAGACUCAGAUUCAUCGUCACUUCCUUCUUUGGAGGACAAACGGGAUAGCGGGACAGAAAAUGCACGAGUUGGGAAAGAGAAAAAGAAGAAAAAAACUGUGAAAAAAGAUGACGACACUAAAGGUCAAAAGGACGACAACAAAGCAGUUGUUCGGCUCAAACGUUACAUUUCUCUCUGUGGCGUGAGGAGGAAUUACAAGAAGCUCCUUGAUGGCUGCCGCUCCGUUCGCUCCAAGGUGGCUGUUUUGAAGAAGGAGCUUGAAGAUCUUGGCGUCGAUGGUCAGCCAUCUAUCAAAAAAUGCAAAAAAGUCCGAAUGCAGAGAGAGGAAGCUCAAGAAGUAGCUGAUCUUGAUGUCAACAACAUCAUCACCACACAAGGUCGACCUAAACGCAGACAAGCCUCAGCGUGGCAGCAACCAGACCCUCCGUCGUCGGCGUAUCAGCGCUCUCUGAACUCUGACUCUGACAGUGAUCAGGAACAAAACGGACGCAGAAAAGUAACGGAAUGGGCAAACCUACGAGGGAUCAUCAGCGAUGACGCUGACAGCGACUGACGGGGACAGUUCCUCUUGCAAGUAUACAGAGAGAACUCAAAUGUGGACAUUACUUUUUCUUUAAUUGCUUCUGCUUUGAUGCUAAACGUUUGGAAAACCUUAUUAUUAUUAAAUUUUUCUACGUGUUUAAGAGGUGUUACAGUUCAAAUGUAUCAGUGGAGAGUAAAAUUAAACUGCUUUUUAUGUUUAUCUUUUGUAUGUUCUUUUUCAAAUAAAAGUAUUGUCAGCAAAUGGA